UGAUUUGUACGAGGGAGAUGAACAUCAAGAGCUGCGACUGCGGGCUGCUCCGCGGGUCGUAAACAUCAACGCCGGAUCACCUGGUCGUCAACCUGCUCCUUCUACGGCCCCCGGAUCACAACAAGAACGCCUGAAUGCCCAUUUGUUCCAGAAGGUGAUGGGCCCUGUACCGGAGGUCACGGCGGGCACGCAAAACCCGCGCGAGCUGGGCGGUCUCCUCACAGAUGUGGAAAAAAAUCGACUGGAGAGCCUGCUGGUGUACAAGGAGCAGAUGC